AUGCUCAAGGCUCCAGGGAAGUCUAGCGGACAGACGGGCACCGAGAUCCUCCUGGAGGCGAUGUCCAAAGAUAAAGUCCACCUGGCCAGGUUUGUCCUGGACGCGCUGGAUGGAGAAAUCGUGGACUCCAAAACGGAGAGCGCACAGACGCCCCUCAUCUCCUCCGUCCUGCUGCCGGACGGCCGGACUCGGUGUAAGUUUGCGGAGCUGCUGCUGCAGAGAGGAGCCAGUGUGAACUGUCAGGACGGAACCGGCCGAACCGCGCUCAGCUACGCCUGCGAGAAAGGCUACCUGGACGCGGUGAAGAUCCUGGUUCGGAACAACGCGGACCCGGAGAUCGUGGACUCGUGGGGGAACACGGCGCUGAUGUACGCGGCCGUAGCAGGUCACUCCCCGGUGGUGGAGUUUUUGGUGAGAGCGUUCAAGCGGCUGGGGCUCCAGAUAGACAGACAAAACAAAGUUGGAAACUCAGCUAUUGAAGUGGCGAAGUUUCUCGGACACACCGACUGUAUUUCUGCGCUCACUCACAAUCCCAAGAAGAGCCGAGAGGCUGACGGAGGCGCGCAGGGAAACACGACACCGGGAACAAGUUUGGAAGAUGAGUUUGAAAGUAAAGUUGGAAACUUAGCGAACAAACUCGAGGCUCUCCAAACGCGUAACCAGCCGCCGGUUCAAAACUGGCAGCCGCGGCCUUCCAUGGACUCUAUAGAGGAGUUUGAAGCAGAGAACGAAGGUUCCUCCUCACCUCCACAGGAUCAGGUUCUCUCUGGAGCCUCCACUCCUGCGCCUCCCCCCCUGACUUACAACCAUCCUCCCAACUCUAAGCAUUCAAAACCAAACUCAGCUGAUCACCUCCCUCCUCUAACACAGAGCUGCGAGGCUCAGAAAUCCGUCUUCUUUUCGCCCCAGCCGAACAGGAACACAAACAAACCCAGCUCCCCCUCUGCACCCUCCGCCCUCAGCGUCUUACUGACUCCACUUCUGGCCAGAAAAACUGACACCGAGUUGGGAGCAGAGAAACCGAAAAUGCCGGACUUCGGUGAGCGCGCAUUUCACGCCAGCUACUAUCAGAAAAGAUGCAGUUUGCCAACCAGUAUGCUCAGCCCUGCACCUCUGGAGCGCACUCUGGUGCCACCGCGUAAAUCCAGAACCGUGAGGAGGCGCGACGCGUCUCCAAACAAAGCGGACUCUCUUCAGGUCACCGCACCAGCUGCCGCCUCUGCAGCCACCACGUUCUCCGUGUUGAGCAACAAACUCUUGCGCCGAUUUACAUCCCCGGAGUUUAAAAAGGAGCUGGAGGAGGAUCCGGGGCGCAUUCCGCUGUCAGAGACGUUCCCCCAGAGCACGAGGCAUCCCCAGGUGGACAGUAAACCCAGCGUGGACAGCAUCAGCUCCGUGAAAUGCGAGUUUGACUUUAAUUCCAGAAAAACAAACUCGUAA